AUGUCCAACCCUGGGGGUUUCUCUUCGAUAGCUCCCCAACGGAGGACAUCUCUCUUCAUGAACCGGCCCAGGACUGCUUGUGAGGCCCCAACGGGGGUCCAAGAAUCCCUUCGAAGACCUGCUACUCGAAUGUCCCUCAUGAUGGCGUCAGCUACUCCUGACGUCUUGGACUGGGGUUCUUUCAAUCGGAAUCAAGAGGAAGCCGGCGAAGGAAACAAUAGCCCUGAGUUGAUCGACCCGUUUUCGAAGUUCCCCAUUGAGCCCCAGAUGCUCGAACCCUCCCGGCCGCGACGAUACUCGACUUUUACCCAGUCCGUGAAGCACAGCAUCUCCGAGAUUCGUUCUCUCACCAGGCGUAUGUCGCUGACUGUCCGGGGAAAGAGCUCUAAGCAAAAGGAAGAGGUGGGAGAGAAUAAGGGACCACAAGUGCUACCGUUGAAGCCAGGUGCAGGCAUGCUGGAUUUGACCGAGGCCAUAUCCACCAGACCGAAAUCUCGUGGACGGUUAUUGCGAAGCCCUAGUGCUCGAAGGAGACCCUCUCUGCCAUUGCUCAAUUUCCAUACCCCUCCUGAGCCACUGGCAGAUGUUGCUAAUCCAAUAUCUGCAAGAUUUCGAGGGCAACCUGUCCUGUCGGACCUGGUGUACGGAGGGGCAGAAGCUCGUGCCUCAGCUGCAGCACAGAACGAAUUAUUCCACGCCACGAGGACGCCACCGCUCCCGCCCUAUGAGCCUCCCGAGUCAGAUGUUGACAAGCUUGAGCCGGACACGGAGAGUGGAAUUGGUAUCGUGCUGGACAGCGGUGUCCGGCGGGGAUCUUCGCCGGCAAAUGUUCAUGUCAUUUGCAGAGACCCGGUGUCGGUCCUUGCGACAGAGUUGGUGGAAUCGAUCCUCUCAUUCCUUGAUGUGGAGUCGCUUAUCCAGGCUUCACUCGUCUCCCACAAAUGGCACGAGCUUUGUCAGUCACAGGCUGUUUGGAGGAGAAUCUUUCUGCAAGAGUAUGGGCCCAAAAACGAAUUACCAGGUGCGAGCGUGCGUCCUGCUGGAAUCGGUAAAAACAAGCCGGGGCAAGAUUACAGGAAACUCUUCGAGGUACGGAGUCUGAUCAACAAGCGCUGGCGCAAUGGAGAAGCCGCUGCAAUUUAUCUCAACGGCCACAAAGACAGCGUGUAUUGCGCGCAAUUCGACGAACAGAAGAUCAUUACCGGGUCACGCGAUAACACAAUUCGGGUAUGGGACGCUCAUACCCACCAAUGCAUCCGCAAGCUAGGGCCUCCAAACAAUCCCCGAGAACGGCAAACGGUGCAGAUGCCACUUGCAGAACCAGAAGGUGUCGUUCCAUUCUUCAAAGCCUACGUUUCAUCACCAGCGCCACCCUCACCGGAGAUUCCUCUGUACCACCAAGCAUCGGUGCUGUGCCUGCAGUACGACGACGAGAUUCUCGUGACGGGGUCUUCAGAUUUCUCUUGCCUGGUGUGGUCGAUCAAGGACGACUAUAAACCGAUGUUCCGGCUGAUUGGCCAUCACGCCGGGGUCCUCGAUGUCUGCAUCGACAAGGAGCGGAUUGUCACUUGCUCCAAGGACACUACGAUCAAAAUCUGGGAGAGGUCCACGGGCAAACUUGUCAAAACGCUCCUAGGACAUCGUGGACCCGUCAAUGCAGUCCAAGUCCGAGGAAAUUUCUUGGCGAGCGCUAGCGGCGACGGCAUGUCCAAGUUGUGGCGUCUGGAAGACGGCCUUUGUAUCAAGGAGUUCCAGUCCAAAGAUCGCGGCCUUGCCUGCGUUGAAUUCUCGGAGAAUGGUCGAACAAUCUUUGCGGGCGGUAAUGACCGGGUCAUCUACGAGUACGACACGGUCACGGGCCAACGGAUCCGCGAGAUGAAAGGGCACAAAGACCUGGUGCGGUCGCUCCAUCUCGAUUCGGCGAAUUCGCGCAUCAUCAGCGGCAGCUACGACCAUUCGAUCAAGGUGUGGGACGCAGAGAAAGGGGAGUCGGCCGAGGACGGUGGGCUCAAGAUCAAUUUUGAGGGAUGGUCGUCGAGUUGGAUACUGGCGGCGAAGAGCAACUACCGCAAGAUUGUCUGCACGAGCCAGGAUGCAAGGGUGGUUAUUAUUGACUUUGGUUAUGGCAUUGACGGAGUUGAAUUGGUCGAGUCAUGA